GUCUCAAAAAUAAGAAAAUAUCAUUAGCACAUAUGCAAUACAUCAACAACAGAGUAUUAAUACCAAGGGUAGAAUACAAGGCACAACAACACAUACUAUCAAGAGAAGUAUGCGACAAGUUACAAAACCCACUUUUCAUGUUAAUCAAGAACAAAGUACGAAUGACACAUACAAUGCCAAAUGCAGCAAUAGCACAUCAGAAUAUAGUUGGUAUUAAAACUAUAUGGCAAAACCAAAUCAUACAUCACGUCACAGAAUUGAUAGCAAGGCUCAACAACAGAAAUGACAUAGGCAAAACAACGUAG